AUGCUGCUAUCUAAUUGUUUUCUCUCUGGAUUUUCGUGGCUACAACGGCAUGCGACUGUCGGUGUUCUAAAUUCCGCUCUAGGAACGGCUGGUAAGUGGAUCCUUGAAGUUGCGGCGACAAAGUCCGCUGAUCUGCACAAGCCUUACAUGUCGAGCGCGCCGCGCGACGAAACCCGCCCAGUAUGCAAAGCCUGCGGGAAGAAGAACCGCCCUUGCCAGUGGGAAGAGCCACAUACCAAGUUCAAGGAUUACCGGCCUGACGCACCCUCGUCAAGUCGAUCUGCUGCCGGCGGCACCGACGACGAAAUCGAGACCAAGGAGGACACGAUGGAAGUUGACGGUGUCGAUGGAGUCGAUAGCAUCGGUACAAGUGACGAAGCCGUCCGUGCAAACAGUUUCAGCGAGGAACGCUUCAGCCGGAACACUUCACCGAGACGCCGGAAAAAUAGUCGGGCCGAUGGAGCAUCCGAAGGUCUAUCUACCAGCGUUUCCUCACCGUUGGCUCAAUUGUCGCCACGCUCGCCGUACUUUGUUCCUAGAUCCAAGAGUACAACGGGUGGCGUAUCGGUGGCGAGUCUGCUGCAGUCGCCUGACCCGGACGGCAUGUCAGAGGGCUCCCUGCCGAUGCAUACCAGUCAGGCUAUGCAGCAGGCGAAUGCGCACUCGUAUGACCAUAGGGGCAUACCGGAAGGGACGAGAAACUACUCGCCGCAGCCUAUUUCUCUGACACACGAAGAGGCCUUGCUGGUGCAUCACUAUACUGAACAUCUUGGUCGCUGGUUAGACUGCACCGACGCCACCCGUCAGUUUACGCUGGGCGUGCCGGAAAAAGUCAAACAAUGCCCAGUGCUUUGCCACGCUGUCAUGUCCUUUGCGGCUCGCCACUGCAGGAAGGACGCGACAGCGGAGAUGGCCUAUCAACGCUGCAUUGCUCUGCUCAUCGAACGAUUGAACGAGCAAGCUGCUAGCCACGACGAGACGCUCUUGUGUGCCAUUGUCAUAUUGCGUUUUUAUGAGCAGCUAAACGUCCCGUCUGGCACUGGUUCUGAUGAUGAACAGCACCUCGCAGGCUGCUCGGCCAUCAUUCGGUCCUCUCAAGGAAACCACUACGUAGAUCCAUCAGCGCCCACAUUGCGCGAAGCCGCCUUUUGGGUUUACGUACGUCAGUGCCUCUAUAAUGCCACUAUCAACCAGCAGCCGCCUGAUAUCGACUUUUCAUUGCAACUGCACCCAACUCCAAGCUCACUACGAGAUGCACACCCGCUGGCACGAUUGAGAUUGGAGACAGCUUGGGCAAAUCAAAUGACAUGGAAUCUGGCAUGUGUUGUGAAUUUCUGCUUCGACGGCAAGGAGCCACAGAACGAGAAGGCUUACAAGAUGCGACGAUGGAAGGAGCUGUGGGAGCUUGUCCAGACUUGGAUGCGCGACAGACCCGACGGUUUCAAUGCGAUUUUUGAAGGUCCAGCCGGUGAUCAAGGCUCAUUUCCCGAGAUUCUGUUCACAGCCGACUGGCAUACGGUGUCGUUUGGCUUUUACCACUUUGCCUGCAUCAUGCUGUUGCGUUACAAGCCAGGCCCGAAGUUCGCAAUCCGCAAUGUUGGGAGCCUUUCUGAAACAGAUCAUCAAAUUCUAUCGCAUGCACGCGCCAUUUGCGGGGCCUGUAAUAGCUCACCAGAAACUGUCCCUCUGGCAAUUACCGUCUGCCACACCAUUUUCAUCUGGGGACCUCUCGUAUGCGACUCGAGAGAAAAGGACCAGGUAGUGCAGCUCCUGAAUAACUUCGAGAAAAACCACGUGUGGCCGACAACCUGGAUCAUCAACGCGCUAAAAACUGAAUGGGGUGUUCCUAAUCCCUCCACCUCUCCGGCUUAG